AUGAUGAGCUUGAAGCGAAGUUUCUGGAGGAGAAAAGCUGCACUUGAAGCUAAAUACCAGCAACUGUAUGAACCAUUGAAUACAGAGGGUGUUAAUGAAGCUCCCAUGAACAUGGAUGAGGAUAAAAAGACUGAAAAUGCUAAAGUUUUUAUUGGAUAUUUCCUUUCAUCUGUGCAUAUUGAUUGGAGUUCUGUCUUGAAUAAAACCUAUCACAUGAUUGGUGAUGAUGAACAUAUACCGGAGGUAUUAGGACUGACAGAAUGGCAUCCAGGUAAAGGCUUGGCUCAAAAGAUAAUAAAAGGGAAGCCAAAGAAGGGGUCAAAAAAUGCUAAACCCUUAAUCAGGACUGAUACCCGCAAAAGCUUUUUCUGUAUCUCUAAUCCGCCAGAAGUAUGUGAAGAUGAUGACGACAAUGAUGAAGAUGUUGCAGAGGCUUUUGGAAGGGAUGAAUUUGAAGAUAGUGAAGAAGAUGAGGAUGAACAAGAAGACGAUAAGGAGGAGGAUGAGGAUGAAUAA